AUGGCAACGGGUGGAUUUAAAUCUAGCGCAACGGACUUUUUGGAGGAGUGGAAAGCCAAGCGUGAAAAGAUGAGGGCGAAGUUGCUCGGGGACAUCGCCGCUGCUACCGGGCGAACCACCGAGUUGAAUAACAACGGCAGCCCGGUUAACUGCGUUUCGUCUUCAUAUCCUGUGGCCCGGUCCUCUUCUUCAUCCGCCGUUAGGCGGCUGGAGGACGAGACGAAGACACCCGAGCCGCCCGUGGGAAACGUGAAGAAGACGCCGGAGAAGUUGAGUGGAGUUUCUCAGACCGAUUGUUUGACUCCGGUCGGUGUAGAUGACAGUGAUAAAGACAGUCCAACACCCGUCAAGAGCAAAGAGAAGAAAAGCUCAGGACCCAGCGCCAGAAAAGGCAAAGGACAGAUCGAGAAAAGGAAGCUGAGAGAGAAGAGAAGGUCGACAGGUGUUGUCAGCAUACCGUCCAAUGAGAGCUUGGAUGAGCUUGACGAUGAUGAUGGUGAAGAGAAGGAGACUAAGGUGGAUGAAAGUCUUACACAGCACAACACGGUACAGAAUGAGGCGAUGACUCCUGACCCUGGAGCAGAUCACUUGAUACAGGACACACCGAGGUCCAGAUGUCAUAAGAGUGAUGAAGACGGCGGAGGUAACAGACAUCGUCAACGGCAAGGAAGGGACGGGGGCGCCCUAGAGAGAAGACUAGAGGAACUGGAGAGGGAGCUGAUCUUCGAGAGACAGGAGAACAGUCGCCUGUUGAAAGCCCACCAGGACAAAGACGAAAUGAUCAUUAAACUCAAGGAGGAGAUCGACCUGCUAAACAGGGAUCUGGAUGAUAUUGAAGAUGAAAACGAGCAGCUGAAACAGGAAAAUAAGACCUUGCUUAAAGUUGUUGGUCAACUUACAAGGUAGAACCGAGCAACCUAAAGAUUACUAAUGGAGUUCCAUUGUGGCUUUUCCUGAAGAGAACAACAGCCCCUCUGCUCCAUUCUUUAUGUUAUCAGCAUUUCGUCACUUUCUGGAAGAGGAUCUUUGUGUGGUUUCUGAAUACUUCAAGAACCUGAAGAGUCAGGUGAUCACCAGAUGUAGAAACAAUGCCACUUAAUAUAGUGUUAAUUAAGGCCUCCUGCUUACACAAGGGUUGUUAUAAGGAAGUGAUGUGUUAUUUAAUGUAAAUGUGUUUGUACAUAGUCUAUGGCAACGAAUGUUUUAAGGCUUGCAAUAAAAAAAAAACACACACACACACACAAAAGAGGAAAUACAACUGAAUGUAUGUGGUGCAGCACCAAAUUUGUUUUGUUUAAUUUUCCUUCAAACUCCAUGGGUUUUCACAUUACAGUCAUUGUUCUGCAUUUUUUUCACGUUUCCAAAGAACUGCUCUCAUUAUAAUCAAAGUUUAAAGGGCCUAUAAAAAUGAUAAAAAAAGAACAGUAGCAGUAAGAAAGUGUCUGUUAGCCCCAGUCUCUGUUUAUGGGCCAAUUUUAACCCUGAUAACUAAUGAUACUAUUGCAUUUGGUGGUACUUUUGAAUCAUCCAAUCUUUCUUAGUCAUUUAGCUAGCAACAAGAACACAAUGAACAAGUUUGGAGCUUGUAAGCUGUGUUGUGGUAAAUAUCAUUUAUCAUCUGUUAUUUUUUUAUUGUACACAAUUAAAAUGUUUACAAAUUGUUUUAUUUGUAGAUGUAGUUACUCAUUAUGUACAGUUAGCAAGAUUUAUAGCCUAAGCUAAUGCUGCACAUUUUUAAUUAACCAAAUUAGAUGGAGAUGUUAUUAAAUGCAUUCAUGUGGUCUCUCGUCAGUGUGACAUUUAUUACUUGCUGUUUGGUCACCACUUUGGGGUUCAUAUCUAUGUUGAUGCUAAUCUACAAUGCUAAUGACAUGUAUUCUGUAAAGUAAUUUGAGGGAUGUUUGUUUUUAGACCAUACUGGGAUGGGGGAUUUCUGUAACCCAUCACUUUACAUAAUGCAUGUACAGGAUAGGAGAUUGAAUAAAGGUUUGAAUAAGAAUCUCUUUGAACACA